CGUGUGCUAUUUGUGAGUGUGUGUGUGUGUUUUGUGCGUCGAGCUGAAAAUGAAAAAUGGAAAAUGCAAUUAACAUUUAACAUUUAACAGCGAACGCAGUUCAGUUAAUGUUAAAAUGCAGUGUUUAUUUUAAGAGAGGCCAGGUGUCGAAAGGGGCUGGUGGAAGGGAGAGAAGGCAGUGGCAGUGGGAGGGGGAAGGAAGGCACAUGGAAAACGAGCCUAAACAAAUUGCUUUUCCCGCUUUUCCGUCGCUGUCCGCUCGUCGUAGCCGUUGUUGUUGUUGGUCAUGAAUCUAAAUCUCAAUCUCAAUCUGCAGCAAAGCAAUAUAAAGAAUGGCCUAAGCCGUUUUAGCCUGGUCAAAUCGCAGAGCAGUGGCAAACUGAGUCUUAGCAAUGAGGUCGAUGCUGCAGCAGCAACAACAACAGCAACAAAAACGACAACAACUAGUUUACGUGCUGCCAAACUCAAGAUCGAGGCAAUGCAACAACAGCAACAGCAGCAACAACAACAACAGAAACAGAGCAACAUUAUUUUGUUGCGUGGCACACGCAAUGAAAAUGGCCAGAUCAUAAUACAGAAUAAACAGGAUAUACUUAGUCUGAUUAGCGAGCAGCAGCAACAACAGCAACAACAACAGGAUAAAGCCACGGCCAUAACACUUAAUCAAUUGCCAACAACAACAACUGUGGCACGCAAAACUAUCGUGCAAACAUCGACAACAAGCAACAAUUCUUCUGGCAGCAUUUCCAUAGUCUCCAGCAGUGGCAAGGAAUCGAAUACGAUACUCUUGCAAACGCCGAUUAAUGCCAGCCAAUUGGAGAGUGUGCUCAAGGCUCAAAACACAGCAGCAACAAAGCAACAACUCAACAACAACAACAGCAGCAACAACAACACUAAGCUCAUCGAACGUCCUUUUUUGCUUAAACAUGCAUCUCGCAGUCUCAGCUCGGAGAGCAACUGUGAGAGCAAAUCUCCGUUUGUGCUGCAGACGCUCAAGCGACUGGAGAAAUCGCAAUCGAUACUUGUCAUACGCAACUCGACAUCGACGACAGAUCGAGCGGCAGUUGCAAGCACAGCGAUCGAUAAUAAGAGUCACAAUGUUGCAACAUCGCAGCUGCAACAACAACAACAUCAUGUGUUGAGCGUCACACGCACCGCCAAAGCAUCAAAGGCUGUGGCUGCGACAUUGCACAAACUGAAGGCACCACAAAGCAAUGUUGUUGCAACUGCAACUGCAACGACAACUGCAACAUCUGCAACAACAAUUUUGAGACUAAGCAAGAGCGUCAACAAGCAAGUGACAACAACAGCAACAGCAACAACAACAGCAGCAGCAACAGCAACAACAACGUCGGUGGCAACAUCUAAUAAACUUGCCACAACAGCAAUGGAGCAGCAAACGAAUGUGCCACUUGGGAGCGAUGGCGAACCUAUCAAACUGCCCGACAAUUUGGAGAGCCUGCCAAGAGCCGACAGUUUUCCAUCGCAACGCCAUCGUUGGAAUACAAAUGAGGAAAUCGCGGCGAUUCUUAUCAGCUUUGAUAAGCACAGCGAAUGGCAAUCAAAAGAAGUCAAAACACGACCUAAGAGCGGUUCCCUGCUGCUUUAUUCCAGAAAGAAGGUGCGAUACAGACGUGAUGGUUACUGCUGGAAGAAGCGCAAGGAUGGAAAGACAACACGCGAGGAUCACAUGAAAUUAAAAGUACAAGGCACUGAGUGCAUCUAUGGUUGUUAUGUACACUCGGCCAUAUUGCCCACAUUUCAUCGCAGAUGUUACUGGCUUUUACAGAAUCCGGAUAUUGUUUUGGUGCAUUAUCUGAAUGUGCCAUAUCCGGAUGAUAAUAAAAUGGCCGUCAUUGCGCCGAGCAUAACACUCUGGGGCGAUAAGAAGGAAUGGACCAAGGAGGAGUUGGUCAGUCAACUGAAGCCUAUGUUAUCUACAGUGAACUCGGAUGAAGAUUCGGACUCGGGAAAUGAUAUAGAAAUAUCGACUGCAGAGACAGUGGAGUCGAUUGUCUGUCAGCUGAUGGAGAAGCAGCGUCUGUCGCGACAGGCGGCGUUGGUGAAGCAACUCGAUUGCGGCUGUGGGGAUGCAACUUGUGCCGAUGGCAAGACUUGCACACACCCUGUAAUGCGACGCACGGGCAUAUUGAAGUCGGUGUCGGAAAAGCGGGCAAAUGAUGCCUACAAUGGACAAAAUGGCACACCCAAUGUUGUCGUGGCCAGCAAGCUCUAUUCGCGUUGGUCGGAGCGUCAUAGGCAAAGAGAGGCGGCAUUGCAUUUGGAUAAUCCGCACUCGCAGUUCCACAAUGCCACGCAACAGUUGCCACAAGAGUCGGCAAUCAAAUUCCAAAUCAUUCCGCAGCAACAGCAGCAACAACAGCAGCAGCAACAGACAGAUAACAGCAACUAUCAGCAGCAAUAUCGUGGUGCCAAUCAAAUGUUGGCCACAAGAAGCAAUCUGAUAAUACAGCAGCAGCAGCAGCAACAUCAACAAUAUCAACAACAGCAACAACAACAGCAGCAACAACAACAGCAACAGCAACAACAACAGCAGCACUUGAACUUGCAACGUUUUGUGGCCAGUCACAAUCAGAGCAAUCAAAGUCAUAAUCAUAAUAACAACAGCAACAACAACAACAACAGCAGCAAUACAGCACAUUUAAAUCAUCGCCUGCAAAUUGCCAAUACAACAAUAACAGCAACAACAAGAGAGGCGGCAGCAGCUGCUGCAGCUGCAACAACAACAACAAUUGCCUCAAAUAUCAUGGAUACAGAACUAAUUGAAAAUCCGGCCACAAAAAUAAGCCACAACAGCAAUAACAGCAGUAAGCAAUUAACAGCAAUAAUAACAACAGCAGCAGCAGCAGCAGCAACAACAACAACAAGAGACACUGCAACAGCAACAGCAACACAAACAAACAACGAAUUAAAUAUCGUAAAUAAUAAUGGAAGCAGCAAUAACUUUGUAUACAAUCAACAGCAGCAACAACAAGUGAAUGCUGUUAGCAGCAACAACAACAACAGUCAGCAGCAGCAUUAUUAUAAAUUGCAACAGACAACAACAACAGCAGCAGCAGCAACAACAACCCCCAACAACAAUAUGCAACCCCCAGUUGAAGCCAUGUGCAUGUCACCAGAGCAUCAACUGAGCAGCGGGGGCAGCAACAACAGCAGCAACAACAGCAACAGCAAUAGCAAUCACCUCAGAGCAACAGCAACAACGUCUUCCGCUGGCAACACUCCUUCCACGUCAGCAACCACAUCCACCUCGAGUUCCUUACAGUCGAUUAUCGAUGGCAAUCAGCAGCAACAAAUUUCAACCUCACCAGCAACAACAACAACAACAUCAGCAGCUGCAGCAGCAGCAACAUCAGCCACAGCAGCAACAACAGCAACAACAAAUUGUGAUUAUUUAAUGAGCUCCAAUGCGCUCGCUGAGCUGGAGUUGGGCGAGCAGCAACAGCAACAUCAACAGCAGACAACAAGGAGCUACAACAGCAAUAACAACAACAACAACAACAACAGCAACAACAGCGUCAACAAUCAGGCUACGGCCAACAUACAUAAUGGUUGUGCAAACUUUAGUGCUUCCAGUGAUAACAGCAGCCAAAUUAGCGCCAGCGAUGACAGCAACUUUGGCGCCAACAACAGCAACAGCAACAACAAUCAGAGCAACAACAACAGCAGCAACAACAACAACGAAGAAGAAACACCAACGGAAACGUUGAGUUUCUUCAAUGAAACUUUAGAUCUCUCUCAUGAAGAUAUACAACGUACACUUAUAGCCAAUAUGCCGUACAACAACAACAACAGCAACAAUGCAACAACGACAACAGCAACUGCAGCAGCAACAGCAAAAACUACAGCAGCAGCAACAACAGCAACAACUGAACAGCAACAACAACAACAGGCAAUCAAUGUAGAAUCCCCUCAAGCUGAGGAUGAAGACACCGCCGAUGUCUUUGCCAAUUUGGAUGCAUUUGAUAUGCUCGUCGAAUUUCCGGAACUCGAUUUGGAUGAUAAGCAGGCAUUGAACAACACUGCUUUGGAACAGGAGCAACAUCAUGGCCAGAAUUUGCAAUCCUCAUAUUUAGAUUCAUCACAUUCAUCACAAACUCAACGAAAGCUGCUCAACAUUUGUGAUUUUAGUCCCGAAUGGUCCUACACUGAGGGCGGUGUUAAGGUCCUUGUCGCAGGUCCUUGGACAAGUGAUGGCGGCUGUUAUACGGUUCUAUUUGACGCUCAACCUGUGCCCACGGUGCUCGUUCAAGAGGGCGUUCUCCGUUGCUAUUGCCCCGCCCAUGAGGCAGGUUUGGUCACACUGCAAGUGGCAUGCGGCGGUUUCUUGGUCUCCAGCUCAGCAAUGUUCGAGUAUAAGCUCUCACUGCUCGCCGAUGCUCCCUUCGAUGCCAGCAGCUCCAACGAUUGCCUCUACAAGUUCACGCUCCUCAAUCGUCUCUCCACCAUCGACGAGAAACUGCAGCUCAAAGUGGAGAAUGAACUGGCGACGGAUCAGACAGCACUUUAUCUGGAGCCCAAUUUCGAGGAGAAACUCGUAGCCUAUUGUCACCGGCUGAUGAAACACGCCUGGAACACACCGAGCACCGUUGCCAGCUGGAGUGUUGGACUUCGGGGCAUGACAUUGCUCCAUUUGGCAGCUGCACUUGGAUAUGCCAAGUUGGUGGGUGCCAUGCUCAAUUGGCGUGCCGAGAAUCCACAUAUCAUACUCGAAACGGAGCUGGAUGCACUCAGUCAGGAUGUGCACGGAUUUACACCAUUGGCCUGGGCCUGUGUGCGUGGACAUUUGGAGUGCACCAUGUUGCUCUACAAAUGGAAUCACAAUGCGCUGAAGAUCAAGACACAGGCACAACAAACACCUCUGGAUUUGGCCAGUCUCAAGGGCCACAAACAAUUGUUAUCACAACUCUGUCGCAUGGAGCGGGAGCGUUGUCGCAAACCUCAUCCACGUGGAGGUCUCGCAAAUCUCUCCAUGAACCUGGCCAAUGAGACGGCCUCUGAGGAUCCCAACUACAGUGUCUACGAAUUGGAAUUUCAGCGCAGACACGACGGUGUCUUCCUGCGUCCUUCCGUUGCUUUACACAGUAAUCAAAGUCCGCCCAAUAACAACAGUCGCUACUCGAAGCGUUCCUCAAUCGACAGUGGUAUCAAUAUGGAUAUGCGCAGCAAAUCCGGCAAACCUUUAGCUCGACUUCAUGGCAACUUUGAUGGACAUGAUAAUUAUGCAUUGGGCGUGGACUCGCCAUUGGAUUCGCUUUCCGGCAAUAAUUGCUCGGGAUUAUUGUCACCGUUGCGUAAAAUGGACUUUGCAUUGUGCGAGGUAUCCACGGGCGAGUCGAGUCCCAUACAAGCAAUCGAUAAAGAUAUCGAUUGCAUCGAUGACAAUUCGACGAGUGUAACCGAUGACACCAUUAAUAAUGAGCUCAACGAUGCCGUUGUAGGGGAUUCGGAUGCCAAGGUGCUGACGCUGGCGGAGCACAUCAUUGCAGCGAUGCCAGAGAGGAUUAAGAACGAAGCUGAUGAGAUGAUGGUCUUGGGCAGUCCGCUCACUGAACCGCUCACCUCGGAGUCAUCGGCUUUAACGGAUAGCUUUAUGGAUCCUUUGCUGGACUCGCUGCCGAAUACGCAUUUCGAUAGCGACUUUAGCUUUGAUUUUCACGAUCACAGCUAUCGUUAUCACGAUGUCAGCACUCCCUGUUCCAGUCUAAGUCCGGCUAGCUCGGGUCCAUUGCAAUCUCCAGCCAGCUAUUCUAUACUGGGCACAGAUCCCUCUGUCAGUUCGCCGAGUCCGCCGCCAUCGACGAAGCAACUAACAGAAUUCCUGCAUGCCUCGAGUAUUUCACAAUAUCCCUUCGAGGCGGACUUUUCGAAACUAACGUUAACCGACACCGAGCAGAGGGAAUUAUACGAAGCAGCCAAGUGCAUACAGAAAGCCUAUCGAUCCUACAAAGGACGCCAGAAGUUGGAAGAGCAGAACAAGGAGCGCACAGCCGCCAUUGUUAUUCAGAAUUAUUAUCGGCGCUAUAAGCAGUACGCCUACUACAGGCAGAUGACAAAUGCCGCCUUGGUUAUCCAACACGGUUAUCGCUCCUAUCGCCGGAACAAGCGCUUCAAGAAGUCCCAGCACACUACGAGCGGACUGGGAAUGGGCAUGGGACUGGUAACUGGCAGUGAUCAUGGCAGCGUUAGCAGCAACUCACAGUGCCUGUCCAGCUUCUAUGAUCACUACAAGCAGGAUCAGCAGCAGCAGCAGCAGAUCGACCUGAGCUCACAGCCCAGCACGCCCAAGGAGACGAGUCCAUCAGGUCCCUUGAAGCGCACUUAUUCGCAGUCUACACAGAAUCAGGCUGCACGCAAAAUACAACAGUUCAUGAGACAAUCACGCAUCAAACUACAGAGAGAGCGAGCCGAAAAAGAGAAGCUGGUGCACCAACGCAGGGCGGAAUACCUUCAAAACUUGCAGUUUCAAGGGCAGCAGGAAAUGUUAAUUUGCCAUAGUGAAAAUGGCAAUCAGCAGCUGCUGGAACAGAUGCAAUCCAAUCAAUGAGCGCAACUUGCAACUGAGUGAACUUUAACUUAAUAUCUAAGAAUCGAGAUAAAACUAUGUUCAAUAAGAAUUUAUUAAUAGCUUUAACAACUGAGUGAAACUUUCUACUUUCAUAAUAAUUGUUUAUUAAGACACACACCAGCACCUCUUGUAGUGGAACUUUGUUUCUUACUCCGUAUAUCUAGAACAGUAUAUACCCAUAUACAAAUAUAUAUAUAUAUGAUUAUACAGAUACAGAUAUAAUUAGUAGCAAGAUUUGCACUUUUAUUCAUUUGCAUAACGAAUUUUAACAUAUACUAUAUGCAUGUAAUAACUAUGAAACUUUUUCGACUCUUUUUUUUGAAAAUGAAAACGAAAACGAAUUCUGUAAUUUAAAUUGAAAUUAAAACUUUGUAGUUUAUAGAUUUUAUAUACUAUAUAUAUCUUCGGAAAGAAGAGAGAGCUCCAAGCAGUUAAAGAACUAACUACUUUUCCAUUUGUCAACUCAAAAGAACUUAUUAACGAAGCCUUCGAAAAAACAAAACUUUUUAACUCCAAGUGUAGUGAAAUAUACGAUUAAAAUAUAUAAAAAUAUAAAUAAUAUAUUAUAUCAAUAUUAAACAAAUAGUUACAUUUGUAUAUAAUUAGGUAUAAUUGAACUUCUAACUAAAUACUAUAACUAUAAUUAUAUGCUAGUCUAUUUAAAUGUAUUAUCUGCGAACUAAGCUUGUUUCUAAAACAGCCCGUCAGCCUGUAUCAAAAAUAUAUAUGGUAUCUAAAGCAUUAAUUCUCGAUUUUAUAAUACACUAUCUAUAGUAAUAUUAACUGACUAAAAGCUCAGCUCUAUUGUCCAAAUGUUGUUGUUGAUUUCUAAAAUCGGAGCCAGCUGUAGAUACAUAUGUUUAUCAUGUUAAAAACACUACUAGUUGACUCUUUUUUUUGUGUUUAUUUUAACUAUAUAAGUACUUUAAAAUGCUAUGCUAAUUUGUUCAACACAAGUACUUAAAUCCAAUGUGUUUUUGUAGCCUAGCAAUAAAUAUAGAUAAAAGAAAGAAAAUAAAAUGAAAUAAAUCCCUAUGCUCGCCAAUAUUAAUGCAUGCAAAUAGAAAAAAGCGUAAAUGGCUGAAAUUAAAUAAUUGUUCAACUUUAAGCUGGCCUGCUAAAUGCAAUAAUAAUAAUAAUACUAGUUAAUAUAUAGCGCCGGUUGAACACGAAACAUUUUUCAAACUAAAUGUAACAAUACAAGAAUUUUUGUAAAUUAUUUUUGUCCGUCCACAUUGUUAGCUUUCAUAAAACAUAACAAGUAAAUAAACAAACAAAUAUACACGAUUAUAUACAAUAUAAUUAAACUGCAUAUACCAAAUAGUGAGAGUCACUUUUUAAGUAGUCAUAACUAACAUUUAUUGGCUGAAAUAUAUAAAUAUUGUAUAAUUGGUUCUGAAGAUCGUUUAGCUAAAAGAUAACUCGGAACCUCGGCAUAAAAGUACAUACAAUUUAUAUAGACAUACCUCCAGCACAAGCCUCAGACAUCAGAUAAAAAAUAUGGAACAGAUCAUUGUCGUAUAAGACAGUAUGACAGAGAGAAAUACACUUUGAUUUCUUGAAAAUUGUAUCAAAUUAAAUUCAUUUUCAAAGCACACUUGUUGAUGGCGAAAAACGUAGCCAAUUUUAGAACUAUGCAAUUGUUAACUACUCGUAUUUAACUAUUAACUAUGUUUAAACUUAUUUGCACUACUCUCUUCACUUUAAUUGCAUUUUUUCCUCUCCUCGUUUUGUAUGUUCUAAACAACUUCUUAUUAUGUACUUAUGUAUUAAUUGAUACUAAUCUGAAAUGAAGACUAAAAAGAUUUCUCUACUUAAUGACUUAUAAAAAUUGCAAUCAAUUUUAGGGCAAAUUAAAAAAAAUGUGACGCUCGUUUUGUUACUCGUUAGUCAGAGUGUAAAAAAAAGCGAUUUGCAAUAUUUGCACAUAUUUGCAUAUAUAUAUAAAUACUAUAUAUAUCUAUACUUAAUACAACUACACUCACACACACAGCAGUCACCAUACCUGAGUGUGUUUAAACUCUAUAGUCUAAAAACUGAAAACAUAAAUAAAUGAAGAAAAAUGCCAAAAGGCAAAGAAAAACUUAAAGUACCUUAAGCCAAUUGGCACUAAAACUAAAAACUAAAAUCUAAUAACAAAUUAAUUAUAAUACAAAAAAAAAAAAAAACUAUAUACUAUCAUAAAAUUACAACUAUCGUAAAUUAGUACAUCAAUAUUUACAGGUUAACACUGAAUUAUGAAAGCCCUUACUAGUUUUCUUAGAACUUCUUUUUCAACUGUUUUUAAGGCAUGACUAUAAACACUUUAAAAAAACAAAAAACACAACACCAAUUGUUGAUAUUCGAUAAAUUUUAUACUUGCAAUUUAUUAUAGCUAAAGUAACGUAAAUAUUUGGUAGUCACAUAUCUGUUUGGACAAUUGGAGACACUUUCCAAGGAAAUAAUAAAACAUGUUGUAUAACUUCUCCAACUCUAAAAAUCUUGCAAUGUCAAAAUGAAACACUAAACACUAAACACCAAAUACUACUUAAUAAUUAUGUUGUUUAAUUCGAUAUGAAUUUCGCACCAGACUUAGAAGAUGAAACUGUUAACUCAACUCUUAUGUCACCAAACAGCGUAACCUUUUUAUUAAAUAUUAUUAUAUACCAACAAAUAAAACGAAAAAUAAUAAAAAAAAAAAAAAAAAUACCCUAACCAAAAUAUUCAAACAUAUAACUAUAUACCUAUAAAUAUAUACUUAUACAUAUAUAUCGAAAUUUAAAUAUACAAAAACAGCAACAACAAGAUGAAUGAAGAUUAACGUUGUUAAAUAAACGUAUUACGUAUUAUUAUAUGAAUGCUAUAUUGUAAAACGACUUUCCAGUUUAUGUAAAAUUGUAAUUACAUUCAAUAAAGUUUAAUUCAACACUUUAGUUGAACUAAA